CCGGCUUGGGGUCUUGCUUUCUUCCAAUUGCUCAAUGAUCAUUCCGGCUUUGAUCUGUUCCAUCCUGUCUCCCAUGUUCUGCAACAUGAUUGCUAGCCUUAUUACGACCAUAGCCCACCCCAGGCGGACGCCCAUCCCACAAUGCCCACAAAUGGACAACGGGAUGCAGUGCCAGUCUGCCAGUGACUGCACGCAGUGAGCGAUGGAUGGUUCAUCAGCAGCACGGGAAGCAGGCCCUGGACAGCGAGUCGGCAGCUCGAGGUAUCCAUUUAUCAUGAUCUCUCUUCGGCCGCUCCUACCUAUCCCGCCGUGGCCCAUGCCUUUUUCUAGGUAAAAAGUGGCAUUCCCCGAGCCCCCAUAUCCUCAUGGCGGAUGUUGGAGGGGACAGGGAGACCUUAAAAAGACCGGACCACCCUCUUGCCCGUCGGCCGCCGACCAUAGGAUAUUCUACUCUCACGUCCUUCUCUUUGCCCCUUUGCUUGUCUCAAUGAGAGCGGCGUCCCUCCUCACCUCACCUUGGCGGUUAAGACACCUCUCCGACGUACAGACCGACCUAGCUUGAUCUGUCUGGAAACCAGGAAAUGUGCUUGACCCCGUCGCCCGGCUGCCGCAAUACCUCGAUCGACUUGAACGUCCACUCAAGCAAGUCUUCAGCCAGACUAGCUGUCACUGCCGAGCCGCCGACCCGGAGAUCUUGAGCUGGGAAAAUUACAUCGAUAGAUACCGUACGUCUAUCUUACUACGCGAAUACAGUCAGCAAUCUUCACCCCACCCCGACUCCAGUCUCCGGGUUAGUCUAGUCUCCAGGUUGGUUUCCCAACAGUGCAGCUCAGCCGAGAUCCUACCCCCCCAGGCCCGGAGUACAAGGCAAGCCUUCCCGACACCAUCCCGUGAGGUUGCAGCAAGAUUGCAGGCAAGCAGUGGUGUCCCAUGUUCUGCGAGCCCCACUUACGCCCGCCAAUUUCCAGUCGGUCCCCGUUGGUCGUUGGAGUCCCCGGUCUGGCAAACCCCCAGGCCCCGUCCCAAGAGCCACCACAGCCAGGGCCUCGUCACCAACCUUUCCGCCCACCGUACUAGCUUACCGUCGCCGCCCACCGUCGCUCUCGCGCCCGCGACUUACACACGAACUUUGGCCAAAUCUCCACUUCAAGCCCACAUUGCCUGGUCCUGUCUGCCAUCUUUAUAUGCUUGUUGCGAGGGCGGCUUUGUUCACCGGAGUCAUCGGCACUUUUGCUUUCCCAACUCUUUUUUUUCUGGUCUUAUUGCCACCUGUCUCCCGUCAACCUAUAUACCCGCACGCACGGGCAUGAGCAUUUGAGAGUUUGCGUAUCUUGACAUCUUUGUUUUUCCCACUUUAGACAUUUUUUUUUACCAGGUGCCCACCCCCUGAAGCGAAGGCUUACAUCAGUGCACUGGACCACCCCAAUCAUAGAGGGCACAUUACCCGGGAGUCUCGACCGCACCUAGAGGUACAUCAACCGCCUGCAACCGCACCUUACCAUCGAUAGCUUCGAUCGAGUCUGCACGCGUUGCCCCUGAGCAGCAAAACACCGACAAACAUACAGUUCCGAGUCCCAGCUCCAGCGCAAUAACUCCAGGGAGUCGAGUCGCAGAUACAGGACGCGAAAGUACUGGCCCGUGAUCCUGCCACCAGUCACACAUAACCAGUUUUGAGGAAGGAGGAAAAAAAGAGUUUGGCAAUAGGGUUCUUGUGCUAGGAACCAAGCUCCGAUCCCGCAGCAGCGUUACCGCACCACGUCAGCGAUUUCUAGAUAUUCCAACCCACCCAAGUUUCCAUUGCUAGAUCUAGCAUUCUCGAGGCCUGAAGUCUGAGGUCCGAUCGCCAGCAUCACCUUUAACAUUACAUCCGAAAGCUUCAACGACCAUGCUCAUCAACGGUGAAAAGUGGGCUUGCGAGGCCUGUGUGAGGGGUCAUCGUGUGAGCAACUGCCAACACCACGAUCGUCCACUCCAGCACAUUAACAAAAAGGGGCGGCCGGUUUCGCAAUGUCAGCACUGUCGGUCCAUGCGCAAGUAUCGCGCCUCGCACGUCAAGUGCGACUGCGGUGAAAAGACGAGCAAGUGUAUUCACUUGCAAGUAACGGUCGAGGGUCACAAGGAAAGCUGCUGUUGCAACCAUGGCGGUCGCUGUACCUGCUGCCACAAGAAGGAGCAUCCUCAGCUCGAGACCGUCCCCGAGUCUGACUCGGACAAAAGCUGCUCUUCCGUAUCGCGAAGUUGCUCAAAGUCCGCUUCCCGCAGCAGGCGCAGGGCUAACACAACCAACUCGGAUGCCAUGCUCUCUUUCGAUGCCAACGGCCACCACAAGCCCACGUACAAGCAUACCAAGCCCUCGCAGAAGUGCGGUCCUUACACGCUCAGCAGGGGUAACUCCAUGCAUAGCACCACCUCAAGCCUGGGAGCUCGCUCCGUCGAUAACUUGGACGUCAGCGGCAGUGGCCUUGCCAUGCAGCGUGGAGCCCAGUCCGAGUCCGCCUCGCCACUUAUGACGGGCUCUUCGACGUUUGCCCAGCUCAACGGACAGCUCCCUCCUUUGGAUCUUUCCAGCAUCAAGUACCCCCCAUAUGUCCCCAACAGCGCAGACUUCUUUGGCAGUCUCUCCGACAAUGAUCAGCCCCUGUUCAGCGCCGGUUUGAGCGCUACCUCUGUUGAUUGGAGCCACUACGAGGGUCUCGACUUGGGCAACAAGUCGGUGGACUUUGCUCCGUCCAGCUAUGACCAGGCGCAAAGCUACGGCUCCUUCGAUUACUACGGAUCUGAGUCGCUUUCCACCUUGACCACCAACACAUCCACCUCGGGCGACAUGUCUGAAGUCGAGGACUUUUUGCCAGCUCUUGAUGACUGGGAGACUACAUCUGGUUUCUGUGCCGCUACGUCCGGCAGCGGCUUUGGGUAUGGUCAGCCCCAGCCCAACCUCUACGGUGCUGCUGACCCUUUCCUUGACUUUGAAGAGUUCAAGAUGAUGAAGGCCGGUGCCAAGUUUUUGGCAAACAACUCGUCACUCGGCAGUGAUGAUUCCAAUCUCUUGACGAGUAACUUACCCGAUUUCAGCAACUUUCCCCUCGAGGAUGAUCCGGCUUUCUGGAUCACUCAUUACGGCGGUUUGGCCCUCCAAGACCCCGCCCCAGCCGAUGGCACUGUCCACCCGCUUUGGGAUGGCUCAUCAUGACGAGAUCUGAUUUCAAGUUACACCAACAAAGCGAUGUUUCUUGCCUUUCUCGGAUACCCAUGCCCCGUUCUUAGUCUGAAAUACCAAUCCUUCCACAUUUAUAGUCGGUUCCAUCGGUACGAUUUCAUGGUCCAGUGAGACCUGUUCAGUAUCCUAAGGACCAACAUAUGCUCCAACAUGGAGGUGGUGAUGGUAGUUUUAUGUAUGUCGGCGCAGCAGGGAGUUGUUCUUGUCGUAUCUUCUUUUCCUUUCCUGUUUCUUUUGGGUAUUGAAAUGGCACGAACGCGACGAUUUAUUUUACUAUUUGUCUCUACCAGUUUCAUCAAGGCUCGAUUUCGUCUUGUUUGGGUACGAAGGCAUCGCAUAUAUGGCACUGGAGUUGGCGGCACUAUAAAAUAAGAGAGCGAAAACAAAAAGUUGGAAGGAUUUUUGCUAUAUCAUCUUUAUCACAUAUACCAUUUUCCAUUUAUGCAUUCAUGGUCAGGCCAUCUCACUUUCGCAAUAACAUCCAGCGAAAUGCGACUCUACGAAUGGAUCUUGUGGUAUUCUUUUGCAGGAGUUACGGGCAGACGUUUUACGUGUUGAUCAAGUCUCAUUUCUUAUAUCAAUUUCAAGGGGGUUGGGGCUCUUUCCUUCCUUCCAUGGCCAAUUCAUCGCUUCGGCCACCGAAGCAUGUCACCGUCGCCAUCAUCAUCGUCACGCCGCCAUCAGCGUCAUCGGAACUUGCUCCAGCAUUGCUCACCAAGAGGAGGCCAACACACAAAGUGGAUGACUAACCUUGGCGACUCAGCGGUGACUCUGCCCAUGUAGAGGAGUGGAUGGGCCGCAGUCGCCAAAAUUGCAGGAAUAGCUUCGCGUUUCGUUCGACACGACCCAUCCGAGCUACCUACCGAGCAAGACCGAGUUUCGUCCUACUGUCCCCCACUGUAUCCACGACAAAGCUUUUGUUGGCGGUUUCCACUCGUUGGCAUCGCAAUCGUGACUCGGGAUCGACAGCUAGAUUGCACUAAACAGCGUAGGGGUAAUGAAGAAAGUGGGCCUCGGGCACCUAGCCCUAACUCUGGCUCGGCACGGUGAAGAACAGUGGAGUUCGAGGUGAGCAAACUCGGUCAAGCAUUCAUUGAGCCUAGCG